AUGGAGUGCAUUGGAAAAUUCGCCACGGAAAUUUGGAAUUUGGCAUUCGACAAAGCAAGGAAGUAUUACUAUUUGGUUGAUAAUCUAAGGUCGCUCGAAACGAAGUUGCAAAGAUUACGCAACAGGAAAACUGACUUCGAGUCGAAAGUGAAAGUUGCAGAAAGAUCAGGUACUAAGAAAAGGAAAAGGGCGGUUGAGAAUUGGUUUGAGGAGGUAGCAACAGUUGAAAAUGAAUUCGGUGCGUUGAAAAAGGGCAUACAAGAGGGUGGAUUUCUAGAAAAUGCAAUUAGCAGUGGAAAAAAAGUGGAGAAAAUGGACGAGAUUGUAGAGCAACUGAUGGGGCAAAGUGAGAAUUUUGGUGAGCUUUGCGUUGAGGCUUUUGAGAGCAGAGGUGAGCCACGAGAGACAACAGAAUUAUUUGGAGAAAUGUUUCACAAAGGUCUGGAAACAAUCCUGGCAUGGUUGGGCACCAACGAGAUCUUAAGGAUUGGGAUAUGGGGGAUGGGAGGUGUGGGUAAGACUACUUUGGCGGAACACAUCCAUAAUCAUCUCCUUGAGAAUACUCAAUUCAAGGUUUAUUGGAUUUCUGUCUCCCAAGAUUUUACCGUCAAAAGGCUGCAAGGUGACGUUGCUAGACGCCUAAGGCAUGAUCUGUCAGGCGUCAAUGACGAAGGAGCAAGGGCACGUAGGUUGCGUGACGCAUUCGAGAAAAUGGAGGAAAUGGUAGUGCUCAUGUUGGAUGAUGUUUGGGAAGAAUUUCGUUUAAACAGCUUAGGGAUUGAUGCAAGAAAUUGCAGACUGAUUUUGACUACACGCUCAGAAGAAGUGUGCAACCAGAUGCAAUGCCAUCGCACUUUUGAGUUGAAAACUUUGGACACAAAGGAAGCUUGGGGUUUGUUCGAGUGGACACUUGGCAGCGAGACCUCGCUUGAUGGAGGUUUGAAAGAUAUUGCCAAGUCCAUCACGGAAAGGUGUGAUGGUUUGCCUCUUGGUAUUGUCACAGUGGCUGGAAGCAUGAGAGGUGUGAGAGACAUCUGUGAGUGGAGAAAUACGUUGGAAGACUUGAAAGCAUGUUCAGUAGGGCACGAUAAGAUGGGAAAAAGGGUGUUUUGCAUCCUGGAAUGGAGUUUCAAUCGCCUGAAUAAAUGUGAAAGGGACUGCUUCCUGUAUUGCUGUCUUUAUCCGGAAGAUUGUUGCAUAAAAAGAGAGGAAUUAAUAGACCUCUUUAUUUGGGCAGAGCUGAUGUCAAAACGGGGCUCAAGGUCAAAAGCAUUCGAUCAAGGUCAAACGAUAUUAAACAAACUGAUAAGAGUUUGCUUGCUGGAAGAAACUAACGAUUUCGAAGGGGUUGACUGUGUGAAGAUGCAUGAUUUGGUCAGAGACAUGGCAUUAAGGAUCACGCAUGGAAACUCCAAACCAAAGAGGAGGAGAGAUGUACCACGAUUCUUGGUGAAAAGCUUAGGACAUGAAGAUUCAAUAGUAGCACUGGAACAAGAAGAGUGGACACAAGAUCUCCGUGCAGGUUCCUUCUAUUCACAAAAUUCCAAAGAAAUAGAAAUUCCACCAGCCUGGUCACCAAAUUGUCCUAAGCUCUCAACCUUGCGUCUUUCUCGGAUUUCCAUUAAAGAAAUCCCAGAUUCAUUCUUUCGGCACAUGUGUGGACUUAAAGUUUUGAAUCUAUCUCAGUGCGUAGGUAUAACAGAGUUGCCUAAUUGUGUUUCAGACAUGGUGAAUCUCACUGCCUUGAUUUUGGGGGGUUGUCAAGGCCUCCAAUUUGUGCCACCGCUGGGAAAGCUCAAGCAAUUGAGGGAUUUGGAUCUAUCGUGGACUGGCAUUUGGGAUUUACCUCAAGGUUGGGAGUCACUAAUCAACCUCGAAAGGCUUAACUUGAACCAGUGUUGGGUUUUCAGAAGAAAGAUAAUAAUACCAAAAGGGACAUUUUCCCAAUUUCACCGUCUUCAACGGCUAUUAUUGCCACCCUAUGAUAGGGUACAAGUUAUGGAUCUAGAAGUGUUGAACCAAUUAGAAGUUUUUAUAGGAUGUUUGUCUUUUACGGACUUCUAUAAAAUUACUCGGUGGCCAAAAUACUAUAAUGUUUAUAUCAAUGACAUCUUAACCGAGAAUCCGUUUCAUGAACUUGAGGAUUGUGGGGACGAGAACCCGUUUCAUGAACUGUAUUUCCAUAAGUGUAAGCUUGGUAGAGGAUCGAACUAUCUGCCAGAUGAUAUGAAAUGUCUGACAAUCGAGGAUUGUGAGGGCAUGGGCAUUAGGUGCUUGUCAGAUGUUUUUAAGAAUUUUAUACAUUUAAGCCACUUAUCUGAAUUGGUUAUUGUUGAUUCAGUUGGAAUAGAGUUCCUCUGGCAAUUGUCCUCUACUUCUCCACGUGAUCAGUUGGAAGUCUCGUCUUUUAGUCCACUCUGUGGUCUUGAAGUGCUACGCCUUUUUUGGAUGCCAAAUCUGGUUGGUCUUUUUUAUGGAGAAUCAGAACCAUAUUUGCUUCCAGCUGGCACCUUUUCUUCCCUUAGAGAAUUGAGGAUUUUUGAAUGUCACAACAUGAAGCAGCUAUUCACGGUGCAGUUGCUGCAGAACCUUCAAAAUCUUGAAGAGUUAAUAGUUGAAGAUUGUGAAGGACUGGAGAAGAUGGCAGGAGAUGGCAAUGGAGUAGGGCAAGGAGAAGGAGAAUGCAUCCAAUUGACUUCAAGUGGAGCCACCGCCAAUGUCAUCCUUCCGAAAUUAAGGUUGUUGCGUCUGCAUAUGCUGCCGCAACUAAAGAACAUUUGCAAGGCAGCCAUGAUCUGCUAUUCAAUCGAUGAGAUUGUAAUAUUCGGUUGUCCAAAUUUAAAGAGGCUGCCUUUGUUUCUUUCCACCAUCAACGGGCCACCAUCUCUUCCUAGCACUCUUCAUAAAAUCAGGGGAGAUAAAGAAUGGUGGGAAUCGUUACAGUGGGACAAUCCUAGUGCCAAAAAUGCCCUUGACCCAUUGUUUUCCACACUGGUGGGAUAA